CCCAUCGUGAUGAAUCUCCUCGAUUGAUUUGACGUUGUCUGACAUCCCCCCUGUGGACGAAUUCCUUUUGAUAUUAUUGGGGUUUGUAGUGUCGCGGUAUCGAUUGCAUCGAGACACGGUGCAAUUCUGGGGAGGGGCGAGCAUUGUUGUGCGGAGGUUUUACCGAAUAUUGACGGAAUUUGAUGUUGUGAUUGAGUUCCCGAGUGCUCUGCCCUGGCCUGCAGCAAGCAGCAGCCUAAACGCUGGUCACCAGUCACAGAGAAUCGGCAGCAAUGCCAUUAGCAACGAACUACGACUCCGUGGGAUGGAUUCCCUUGAGGGCUUGUCCUGUUGUGAUUAGGAGGAAAAAAACCCAUCUAAUUUUAGAGAAAUCACAAGCGAAAUUCUGAAACCCUCUGAUGUUCCCGACGGUGGAAAUCGAAUAAGUUCAUCAAUUACUUCUCUACGUUCGAAUCUUCGGUGUAACUUCCUGUUCCCCGCGGAAGGUUGGGGCUCCUCGAAGGACAUAUAAAUGCAGUUCACCGUCCAAGUUUGCUCACAUUUCCUCUCUUCGCUUUGAUCCUCUGCCUGGUGCUGAUGCGAUUGGGCUUAGCAGCGGGUGUUUUGAAGCUGUAGAGGUGGGUUUCUUUCCGUGUGAGUGUGAACUCUUCUUUGGGGCUGUGUGUGAGAGAGCGAGUGUGAGAGACGAAUCCGGAGAAAUGGUAGGGAGCGUGGAAUCAGCGACGGUGGUUGUAGAGGAUGGCUUCUCGAAGUCUAAGAAGUGGACACUGCUGUCGCAGCCAGCGGAGGCACUGCCUGAAGAGAUCCCCGUCGAAAGCUUCAAAACUAUCCUCCCCGGGUUGGUGAAUGGACAGAGUGAGGAAGCGGAGAAAGACGUCGUGGUGGAGCAAACCAAGAACUUUGUGCUGGGUAAGAACAUCCAUGGGACUUGUUUGGAAAUCACGGAGCCGGAGAUGGAUGACGAUGUGACUGGAGACAGAGACGCGUACAUGGCUGGUAUUCUUGCGCGCUAUCGCAAAACGCUCGUCGAGAAGACCAAGUUUCAUUUAGGGUACCCCUAUAAUCUUGACUUCGAUUAUGGAGCACUGUCGCAGCUACAACACUUUUCCAUCAAUAAUUUGGGCGAUCCAUUCAUCGAAAGCAACUACGGUGUCCACUCCAGACAGUUCGAGGUCGGAGUCUUGGAUUGGUUCGCCAGACUGUGGGAGCUUGAGAAAGAGGAGUACUGGGGAUACAUCACCAACUGUGGCACAGAAGGAAACCUCCACGGCAUCCUUGUUGGGAGAGAGGUCUUACCUGAUGGGAUUCUAUACGCGUCAAGGGACUCGCAUUAUUCUGUAUUCAAGGCUGCUCGCAUGUAUCGCAUGGAGGCAGUGAAGGUUGACACGCUUCUGUCUGGGGAGAUAGACUGUGCUGAUUUCGAGCGCAAAUUGACGGAACGGAAGGACAAACCUGCAAUUUUGAAUGUCAAUAUUGGCACAACAGUGAAAGGAGCAGUUGACGAUCUCGACUUGGUAUUGAAGACAUUAGAGAAAGUUGGCUAUACUGAGGACCGAUUUUACAUCCAUGUUGAUGGUGCCUUAUUCGGUCUCAUGAUGCCUUUCGUCAGGAGGGCUCCAAAAGUAACGUUCAAGAAACCCAUAGGUAGCGUUAGUGUAUCUGGUCACAAAUUCGUUGGCUGCCCAAUGCCUUGCGGAGUGCAGAUCACCAGAAUGAAGCACAUCAACGUCUUGUCACGCAACGUAGAAUAUUUGGCAUCCCGAGAUGCAACAAUCAUGGGAAGCCGUAACGGCCAUGCACCGAUUUUUCUUUGGUACACUUUGAACCGAAAAGGAUACCGGGGCUUCCAGAAGGAGGUCCAACGGUGCCUUCGUAAUGCAUACUACCUUAAAGAGCGCCUUCGAGAAGCCAAUGUUGGCGUGCUGCUGAAUGAGCUCAGCAGCACAGUUGUGUUCGAGAGGCCGUUAGAUGAAGCGUUCAUUCUCAAAUGGCAGCUCGCGUGCCAGGGUAAAAUUGCCCAUGCAGUGGUCAUGCCAAGUGUGACAGUAGAGAAACUUGAUGACUUCGUAGAAGAAUUGAUUGAGGUUCGGAAUCGUGCGUUCCCUGAUGGGGAUGUCGUUGUUCCUUGCAUUGUUGAGGAAGUUGGUCCUGAGAACUGUGCUUGCUCUGUUCACCGAGACAUUUCAAGUCCGAAAAGUCCCAAGGAAGAACGAAAGCAUUUCUCAUCUUCAAACAGUUAGUAUACUUCUCUGAAAGCUGACAGCUGCCAAGAAAAGAUAACGAUUUUUCCUAUGCCAAUGCUGCCUCUUAUUGGAGCGAAUGCCGAAGCCAUCGUGAGAAAUGGGCGGAAUCCCAACAGUCACAGCUACGCCUAUAUUCAGACUUCUAGUAGCCGUGUCACGUUGAUGAAGAUGGGAAAAGGUCUUUUUUUGUUGUUUUUCUUCACUGGAGGUCUUGUCACUAGAUUCUGCAUGCCUCAACAUCGUCGGAGAAAACCAUUUCAGAUGCGUUAUGGUAUCCAGCAGCUUUACUUCCAAGAAUUUUUUUGUUGUCACCACUCUGGCUUCGGGAGUAGCUUGGAGCGCAACGGUGGAUGUUGGGAUACAAUUUCCAAGACGGUCAUGGACAGCUACUCGUCUUGUGUAGUAAAGCUUGACUCUUUCAUACUGAGGAGCUUAUCAUGGUAUUACUCGAGUGUAGUAGGCAUUGUUAUUGUUUCAAUUGCUGCUGGAAAGGGUAGUCAUGGGCUUUCCACAAUUGCAGACAAUGUUUUAAGUCGACGUUGAUUAGUCCACACUAUGUAUAAUAGUGCUUUGAACUACAGCCCUUUCUUGUAUUCUACCGAGUUUCCUCCGAGAAUUUUGUGCA